AUGCACCGUCGCCUCCUUGUGUCUGGUCUUCCCAGGUCUCUCCCUCCCCUCCCUGCCUCGCCUGCGCUGCCUUGCCUUCCUUGCGUCGAGGGGCGGCAGCGCGCCGCUCCUCACUCCUCCUCGUUUCCCCCGACAGAGGCUCCCCUGCAGACCCUCCACCUGGACGUGUGGGGCCCAGCCCACGUUCGUGGACAAGGCGGUGAGCGGUACUUUCUGCUGGUUGUCGACGACUACUCGCGUUACACCACGGUCUUCCCCUUGCGCACCAAGGGUGAGGUCCCUGCUGUCUUGAUCCCUUGGAUCCGCGUAGUUCGUCUCCAGCUCCGCCGGAGGUUCCGGACUUACCUUCCUGUCCUGCGUCUGCACUCUGACAGAGGUGGUGAGUUCACCUCCGACCUCUUGCGAGCCUUCUGUCAGAGCGAGGGCAUCGAGCAGUCGUUCACGCUUCCGGGCUCACCGCAGCAAAAUGGGAUUGCUGAGCGCCGCAUUGGCUUGGUCAUGGAGAUCGCUCGUACCUCCUUGAUCCAUGCAGCGGCUCCCCAUUUUCUGUGGCCGUUUGCGGUUCGGUACGCCGCACAUCAGCUCAACCUCUGGCCCCGUGUCUCCUUGCCAGACACCUCGCCCACACUGCGUUGGACUCGAGAGGUUGGCGAUGCGUCGCGUUUCCGAGUCUGGGGUGCUCGUGCCCUUGUCCGUGAUACGUCCGCGGACAAGCUCCCUUCCCGCACCAUUCCCUGUGUCUUCCUUGGCUUUGUCCCUGACGCGUCUGGCUGGCAGUUUUACCACCCUGCCUCGCGCCGUGUCUUCCCCUCUCAGGACGUCACCUUUGACGAGUCGGUUCCUUUCUACCGUCUCUUCCCCUACCGCACUGCCCCUCUCCCUCCCCCGCCGCUUUUCCUCGCUCCAGGUCCCCUUCCGAUAGACCCCCUCCCCCCUCAGGGUCCCGCUCCUUCAGGUGUGUCUCAGGUAGACCCACUCCCCUUGGCUGAGCCUUUGGAGGUCACUUCCGACACCUCUGGCCCAGCUGAGGGGGGUGACGUUGCUGCUGACGCCCCGGCGGCCUACCGCCGCACACCACAUUUGGAGACCCCUUCGGGUUUCCCGCCGCGACCUUCUUCGCCGCCUCUGCAGCCGACUACUGUUGACUCUGGUGCUCCUGGGGGUGGUGCUACUUGGGGUGCUGCGUCUGGGGGUGCUGAGCCUGUGCGUGAGGUGCUGGGAGGUGUGGAGCCUGGGGGUGCUGAGCCUACGAGUGCGGAGCCUGAGGGUGCUGAGCUGGAGGGUGCCGGGUCGGGGGGUGCUGAGUCAGUUGGAGUUCCUACGGGUCGUGCUGCUGGGGCUGGAGGUCCUGCUGCUGGGGGUGCUGCUGCUGGAGGUACUGGGGCUGGAGGCCCUGGAGCUAGUGCUGUCGACCCUGGAGUUGGAGGCCCAACGGUGCCCCCCCUGUCAAGAUUACGAGACUGGAAUGAGUGUGACUAA